AUGAUGGUUAUGGCUGCCAGUGACAGCAAUGCGAAUGUCAUAAGCAUCUUGUCAACACUUCAGUCAAAGAUAUCUAGUAAAGAUGACAGAAUUAAAGCAUACACAACCUUCAGCAAUUACAUGAAAGAGGAUGAGUUGAGUCUAUUUAAUCUGGAUGUUGCCAAGCAUGCUGACCACGUGUGGUCAGUUUUACAACAGGACAUCAUGAAUGACCAGCCUCUUGUGGCCCAUUCUGCUCUUCAAGUACUUGGAUUUUUUCUCCAUGACAGCGACAAUGUCAGGAGCUUGUCGGCGACCAAUGUUGGAAAUGUGGUACCUGUUUUGAAGGAUUGUGUGUUACAGACAGAGGACAAAACGACAUGCACCCGUGCCUUGUGGUGUCUGAGCCAACAAAACUUACCUACUGAUAUCAUCAGCAAAAAUGUGAGUGUGAUGUUGGAUUCUGCGGAAUUUGCUAUGGAGAAAUGGAAGUUACAGUCAAUUACUGUGGAAAAUGAAGCAUCAAAUAUCAUUGCAAGAAUUUUGGACGUGUGCCCUAAUGAGAUGACCAACCACAUUGUGCGAUGGGGCAAGAUCUUGUUGGUACAGCUAGUACACAGUGCCGUCAAAAUCCGUGAAAAAGCUCUUGAGGUAGUCAACACACAGUUGUCUACCCUGAUGACUGAGCAGAAAGUGCUAUCCAAAUUUGUCAUGAAAGAUUUCAGCAAGAAAUUUGGAGCAGAAAUGGAAAGGUUAUUUGGAAGCAGGCAUGAGGUUCAUGUAUUGAAGACCUGGGGAAUUCUUGUCCAGAUUUUAGGAGAUGUAAGUUGUAAGAUUCUGACGAUGAUGAAAACUGGUGUAAAGAACCAUCAAAUCCAACCAUUUUAUCUUCAACAGGAUCUUCACAGAGGUAGUUUCAUUAACCAUGUACUACCAAUUGCAGAGCUAGGGUUCAAAAGUUCAAAUCCAGAGGUGAAAUGUGUAACCUUUCAGGCCUGGCAGCAAUUGAUUGACAACUUUGCUACCAACAAUGCCAUUUUGACAGACCCAAAGCGGAUCAAACUAGUGAUGCAAGUGUUCAAAUUGAAUAAUGCGAAGUCAGAAAAUGUGGCACUUGUUAAACUUCAGGUGUGGUGGCACUUUGUGUGGCUCCUAGGCCAGAAAGCCUCUUCCCACUUUGACCAGGUGUGUGUGCCACUGUUGAAUUUCUGUCUCGGAAGUGGGAAGCUAAAUAAUCACCUCUCUGGAGCAGCUACACCUCGUGCACUAAAGAACGGCACAAGUCCAAUCACUCCUCAGAUGAACCUAGGUGUCCUUGGCUCCUCCAGUGCGCCCCCUGUGAUACCUAACCUUCAGCUUAAGGGCUGUGAGGUACUUGCUCAUAUCCUUGGCAGCUUGCCAAAUGACCUUGAUUUCCCAUGUCCAAGUUACACGAUGGAUCCAUUAAGUCACGAACUCAUCCCUGGUCCAUCUAGUUUCUACAAACAUGCUAACCUCCUAGUCAACAGUACCACAGAAUUCAUCUGUUCUCUCGGCAAAAAAAUCCCUGAGGCCCUGUUAUACCAGAUAUGGUACUCCUUACUGGCUCACAUGAAGAAUGGUCUGGAACACCUGAAGGCUGAGAUGAGGGAGAUCCUUACAUCCUUCCUCACACAAUUCCAGGUUAUCAUACUUAGCCAGGCCCUGCCGCAGAAAGUCUUACUGAAAAUGUUUGAAGUUGUGUGCUGCCUUCCCCGAAAGUCCCUUACCUCUACCGCCUACAAUGUUGGUAAUGGGGAGCGAAUUCAUGGAACACCUGCUCUGUUUCUUACCGAGCUGCUCCUCACCCCAGUACUACUGGCUACAGGGGCUGUUUCAGAGAGCUACAUGACACUUUUUGGAAUUCUGGUGGACUGUGGUAUCAACACUUCGUCAGGAUCUUUAGAGUUCUGUCAAUCUACUAUACAAAUGUUAGAACAGAACCGAGAGUUUGUAGAAGUUCCAGAAAUGAUGUGGAGGUUAUGGAGUGGUCUGGUGAACCCUCUCCAUGAACACAUAAAAAAGACAAACGAGGUAAACCAGGGAGAUGCAUUGGAACACAACUUCAACUGUUUGUAUGCUGUCCUGAUAUUCCCAGUACAACAGGGCCUUGUCACCUCCAUGUCACAGGCUUCAGUGAAGACAAUGCUGAAGACCUGGUGUGAUUUAUACAAAACAUUUGCUCGACUCUCUGCCCUGGUUACCAAUGCUGAGGCCAAUAUAUGCUGUGAGGAACUAUGCCAAAGAUUUCUGAAGCUCGUCAGUCCAACCAAUUUAGAGGAGGUUGGUUACCUAGAAUAUAUAUCUCAGUGCUGUCUGGCCAUGGUCAAUGCUGUCGACUACUCUUCUCUGGGAUCUGUUCCCACUUUUAAUCUCAAUGGCCUGAGUCCAGCUAAGUGGGCCAAAAAGAAACAAAAACCAAUGGACAAUGUCCAAAGUUUGGUGAUGCUGAUGCAAAGAAUUUUGGAGGCAACAAUGAUUGCUGCCACAAAGGGGGAUUUUGGAAAGCCAAAUGUGGGUUCCAUUCCUAACACGGCCAGCGUGACUGUGGAUGUCCUGAUACAUUUAUUUACACACGUCAACACAUCAAAUUCCAUUCUGUCUAUGAUUACUCACCUGGCACAACCCAUAGCUGAUCUGUUUGAGGGAUCAGCAGGAAAAACAACAGCAAAAAUAUACACCAAUAUAUUUCAGCAAAAGAUUGAAAAAUUAUGGCAAACAAUAACAAAUUCUUUGCAAAGUAAAUUCACAUCAAAAGCAGACUCGGAGCUUCUUGCAAAGUUAUCCCCCUUGCUAGAAGCUACGUUUCUACAUCCAAGAAGAGCAAUGAAAAACAUCACUACAAAUUUCUGGAAGACAGAGUUCAGUCAAUCAGCACCCCUGGUUUAUCCAGAAAGUCUCAAGCCUGUACUUAGCAAAGUAAAGGAGAAGACCUCCAUUGUCCUGCCUGGUUGGUCAGCUGUUAGUAUAUCUGUUGUCGAGGAAACGCCAAUAAGUCAGAUGAGCCAGGCGGAGUCACAGGCACCAGAGCCCAGACUACCAGGAAUGCCAUCUCCUGUUAAAAUGCAUGGUAGUUUCCUUAACAAAGCUGUGUCACCUCACAUCAAAAAAUCUCCUGCCAAACCAGUUACUAUGGAAGCAAAAGGUCAAGAAGUUGUCAAACGAGAUCUUUUGUCUGUAAAUGGGAUGAAAAAUGAUGAUUUUGUCGUGAUUAAGUCUCCUCCAAGGAAGAAAAGAGUUCUCACAGAACACCAGAAGGAGGUUUUUAGAGAGAAAAAAAAUUUUCCAGCCAUGUAUAAUUCCUUGGAUUUGUCUCAAGAUGUCUCCAUGAUGUCCUCGCAGUUCGGUAGUGAAAACACUCAGAAUGAGUCCCAGUUGCCCAGUUUGGAUUCUGUUGUUGUCGUAGACUCCUCAGGUUCUCAAGUUUCUCAGUCCAUCAUGAAUCAUACAGGGAGUGUGAAAGCGACAAGGGAAGAGAAUACUGCUAAUGAAAAGUUAAUGAAACAACCAGGAAAAGUGAAACGCCGAAGAUCUGUGCGAUUUCGUGACUCUGACAAACAAGAUGAGGUGGAUUCUAUACAACGUACAAGUAUUGAUGACAUUGAGUCUCGUAGCAUUGACCAUUUCUCUGUUAUCCAACAGGCUAUGGGUCAGACGGAGGACGCUGGGGAGAUAAUGUCCACAAGUGAGAAAAACAGUCCCUCCUCAGAAGAAAGUUCAGUAAUACCUUCAAUCCCCCAGAAUCCUUUGGGUGUAAUUGGAAUUUUUGAACAAUUAAGCAGUAAAUCUUUUUCUCUAGAUUCAAAAAAGAGUGACAAUAGUUCGUCACAAAAGAGCGAAGAGGAAAAUGUUCUAGAAGGACUUGCUGGUACAACAUCCAACAUUCAGCGGAAACAACCAUUGCUGAGUUGGAGCAACAAACUUACUGCUCUCAGUCAGUCACCACUGUCCCACAGAAAAAUUAUGGCGGAUGACUCUCCAGACAAAUCUCAGUUACAGGAAGAUGAGCAGUCAAGUCAGGAAAAAAAUGAUUCUUCCAGGAAAGGCAAAAUAACAGAUCUGUCUGGACAGGCUAAAUUAGACAAAUGGUUUAGUCAGCCCUCAACAUUGCAGGAAGCAGAAAAAGCAAGGACAGAAAUCCCAGAUAGUGUACCGAUCUCUCAGGUUGUAACUGUUAUAGAGGAGACACAAUCACCAGCAAAACAUGAAGGUAGAGAGCAGAAUACAGUGAAAGGAAGUAUCCCAGACAAUGAAAGUCCUGCACGUGUCCAGAAACAAACAGGGACAAGGGGCAGUCACAAGAAACUGUUUGGUGGGGAAAGUGGAAAAGAAAUGGAGGACUUGAUGGAGGAUUCUAACAUUAUUCCUGCUUCUCCUCCAAAGCUGAGGAAUAGACUUGCUGGGAAGGUUGGAACGCCUGUGCUGAUGCUGAAACGACUCACUGAUGAUGACAUUAAACAAUUUAGUCCGACACGCAAGAAUUCCUCACAAAACAGUCCAGCUGGCAAAAAUGGCCAUAAAAGUGAAGAAAAUAAUGGAGAAGAUAUGCCACAGGAUUCUGAAGUAGUCAAUGAAAUGCAUGAACAUGAUGAUUUCUCAGAGAUUCGUCCUCUCGACAGUGAAGAUGUUAUACCAAGUUCUCAAGGAUUCUCUACAUCGACAGGAGUCAUUGUGAAAUCAGAUAUAAGUCACACGGAAAGUAGUGAGAUGGAAAAAACUACCGUCUACAAUCAGUCCGAAACAGAUGUAAGUGAGCAGAACAAAGAAAUAGAUAAAGAUACACAGGAGACAUCAUUAUCCGAAAAUCUCUUCAAGGAUGCUAUGAGUGACAUGAACUCUUACGAUCCAGGGUUGGAAUCCACAUUCAAAGAUGGUACUUCAGCUACGCCCAAGAUGUUUGAUACUAGAAACUUAAAUACUUUAGAAAAGGAUGAGAAUAUGCAAACAGAUUCUGUUAAAUCUAUGGAGCAGAUUACUUCUGUAUGUGAGAACAGCAACAAAUCAUACAAUCCAAAGGAGAUUUCUACAAUGGCAAGUGAUGUUCCAACUCCAGGCCGAGGUCGCAAACGCAAACAGACUUCUCCGAUGCAUAUGUCCCCGGACAGCAUAAAACCAAAACGAACUAGGAAAACUCCAAAGAAAUAUUCAAAUUUUGAUGAGAUAACCUAUGAAGUAGAGACUAGAGUCAAGCGAACUCCAAAGUCUGGAAAACCUCGUUCUCAACGUAGACAAAAGCAGGUGGAGACGCCAUUACCUGAGGAAGUGAAAAAUGGUCCCAUGAAAGUAUUAGUAGAUAUACAUGUAUCCCCAGACAAGAAAACAGAAUUUGAUCUAGAACCAGAAAAUAACAAUGACAUCAAAUUGGUUGAACAAGGUAAACAUGUAAAUGAAUCAGAAGUGAUUUUCAACAUCAGUGAUUCGCAAGAAAAAAUUCAAAAUGGAGCCAUUGAAAUCAAAGAAUCUGUGCAUUCAAAUAACAGUGAUGUUACACAAGGAGAAGAAAAAGAAAUGAAUGAUAAAAUCAGUGGUAAAAUGGAUAAGAAUCCUGAAUUAGAAGAGCUUAUUGGUGAGAAAACACCAGAGGGAAGGUCAUCUCGCAGUACACCAUAUAGAAAGAGCACCACCAAGACCAAGAAGGAAGUUAUUCAGAGACGAGCAAGACAGAUGGAAAUUGUCAUCAACUCUGGAACUUCAAAUCUUGAUAGCGAGAGUUCUGAGGAUGAUUCAUGUGUUGUUAAGAUAUCGGAAGUUUCAGAAUCUCGGUCUGAUGCAAGUUUCCAUACAGCAGAAUCCACUUCAGAAUCUCAAAGUGAUGCAAAUUCUCAUAAAUCAUUUCCUACCCUAGAAUCUGAAAUGGAUUCUGGUUCUCAGGAUUCUCAACAGAAUAACUGUGAUAUUAUUUCUGGUAGUAUUGGACUAGAAGACAUGUCUAAUUCUAAUGUACCCGUACAUCAGGCUAAUGAUGAAAACAUCACUUUGAAUAACGAUAAAGAACAGUGUAGUGAAACAGGACAUGGAGAGGAGGAUUGUGUUGUAGACAAAGACUUGCAAUCUUCUUCCAACACAAAUGGUAUUCCAGACAGCAAUGAGGAUCUACCAUUGUCCCUACUUAACAAUAGCAAUGAAGGGAGUGCUAAGGAAAGUCUGAGAAGCGAAUCUGAUGAUGAUGAUGAUGAUGAUGACGAUGUGCCAUUGAGUCAGAUUAAACCCAAGGAGAGAAAAAAAGUUGAUAAGAGAAAAGAAGACAAGAUUGAGAAAGAUGAUGUUAUGGACGAAGAUGUGCCACUGAGUCAGCUAAAAUUUAAGGAAAGGAUGAAAGGUGACCAGAAGAUGAAAAAAUCUGAGAUUGAAAAAGAUGUACUUGAUGUAACAGAAUCUCAGGACUCAACUGAUAAGAAAACCUCCAGGAAAAGUGUGGAGAAAAAAACUUUUACAUUAACACGCUCACAAACUUCCAUAACACGUUCAGGAAGUAAGAGAAGAACGCUGACAGGCAUGACGAAUAAAAGUGAUAACAAAAAUCUUAGCCUUAAGAAAACUUCUAGGCAAAAGAAACUGAAAUCUAAAAAGGAUGAUAAGGUUAGUGAAAAUGGGAGUGAUUUUCAGAAUGUAGAAAAUGAAGUGGACACAGAAACUCGAGAAACAUUGGAGAAUGUACAACCUGGAACACCAGCAUUGGAUCACUCAGAAGCAGAUCAUGGAAGUCAAAAUAUGGAAAAACAAAUCAAUAAUGGUGACAAAGAUGCAGAUGAACAUUCGAAAAACAAAAUCAUUAGAAAUGAAAACGAUAACAACAAUGAUGACAAUUUUGAAUCCGCAGAAUCUCCAGUGAUACGACAAGAAAACGAAUUGGACGAAACCCCUCGUAAAAUUCCAAAUAAAUCAUUCAUCCCAAGUGGCUGUACAUUGUUUGAGAGUCAGUCAGACUCAAAGUUGAUGUCCACCUCUAGGAAGUUUGAUAAAGGGCGCCAUAUUGUGGCCAGACGAAGCAUCUUGAAGCAGCCAUCCCCUUCACAGGACACCACAGGAGAGUCCUCACCCAUUAUAGGAAAGAAAUUCCAUCCAAUCAGAGUUGGCAACGUCCAUUCUCCAUCAGCGUCCCCAAGUGCAGGAAUUCUGAAAAAGCAACGUCUUAGUGGAGACAUAGCAGCGAUCUCCCCAUCACCUCCUGGCAAGCAGCGUCGAGUUUGUUUUGCUCAUCCUUUGACAAGAGAACAAGACACUGAAAAUCCAACCAAUCAGGAGAUUGAUUUAAUCAAAUUAGCUGAUUGCAUCAAGUCUACUUCUCCAUUGGCCAGUGCCUCCAGGGUGACAUUCUCAUCAGAAAAGGCUGGUAAGGAUUCACAGCUGACACCAACACAAAGUAGCUACCGUAGUACUCCGGAAUCUCAGCUGAACAGCACCGACCCUAUCUACCCAGAGCUGCUGGAGUGUGCUGAUAAGGUGGACAAGAUUCUGCCCCAGCUUACUACCUCAAUGUGGAUGAGAGGCCUUGGACAGCUAGUGAGGGCACGUAAUAUCCAUACCAUAGGUGAUCUGUCUGCUCUUACGGAACGGGAAGUUGACAACCUGCCUAUAAAAUCACCUAAAGUUUCCAUAGUGCGUAGUGUGCUUCAGAAGUUUGAGACCCAGAAAGAGUCGAGGAAGGUCAAGAACCAGAAACUGAACACUGUAACAAAAGCUCCAGUCUCUGCAGAAAUUACUGAGGAAGAAAGUUUGUCACCUGUGAAAAAGCUAGCUGUGGUCAAUCAGAUGGAAAAUUUUGAAAACGCAAAACUUACUGCAGAAAAAGGUGAUGAAGAUAGUGACCCUUUCCCCACAAGUAGCCAUGGGAUGUUGGAGGAUAUGGAUUGCACAGACAGUUUACCAACAACAACUAAUCCUUCUGAUGUGGAGAAUCCUGUUCAGAACACAGAAAGUUCAGAAUCAGCCGCAGGAUCUCUCCUUCAUUCACUUGAAGACAUUGUCAGUCAGUGUAAUGAUAAGACAAGGAUGAGUGAAUUUGGAACUUCAGAUAUUUUCCAGAUCCAUCACCAUCUAACAAACCUAACAGCGACUGUUAUGUCGGUUCUCAAAGAUAGAUGUAAAUGUCCGGAUUCCUAACUUAUGUAGAAUUUAUCAACAACGUUUUAUUAAACACCCAUGCUGUAUGUUGCUGAUGUUAUUCUGAUCCAAUCCAAUCAAAUAAAAAACCAACAAAUCUUGACAUCAGCUGAUGAUCCCUGAACAGCCAUCUUUAAUCGUCAGCUGAUCUGACUAAAUUUCUUUCCAACAAAUGAGUUUAAAUUUACCACAGUACACCUUUGAAAUUAUUGACGGGUAAAGUUGCCGAUUGUCAAUCUUCACAACAGAACAAAAAGCCCAAUGAUUAAUGGUACAAUUUUGUGUAGUAGAAGAGGUAAAUUUAUUUUAAUUAUUUACCGUACCUCUCUAGCAAUAAGUUUAGGUCUGUUGAUAAGCCCACACAUAGCCAUUGCAGUUAAUAUGUUAAAAUACAAAUAAAUAUCAUUCAACUAGGCUUUAGUGUUAGCCCCCUGGGGUUAUGUCUGCCUAUUGUAAUAGACCUGAUUUGUGUUCAUCAUACACUGAAGGAUUUUGUAAGUCUGUUUGUCUCGUAAGUCUGUAAAUUUCUCAAAAAAAACAUUGCAGAAAAGUUAUUGAAGUUUGGCAAGUUGCAAUAUAAAUUUAUUACGAAACAGACUGGUACACUCUGGAAUGUUUCUUUAUGUUUUGUGUUGAUACUUGUUGCUGUACAAAGCUAAGUUUGGAUCUGUGUUACUAGAAGGUAAUACUAACCCUUUAGGUUGAUAUUUUUGGGGAAAUCUGGCCAAAUUGGUGGCAUUGAUGAAAAAUGAAAAUUAAUAUUUUCAUUGCUUGAAAGAAAAAAAAAUCAAUUUUGAGAUUUGAAAACACAUUUGCUGAAUCUUGAUUGUGUAUUGAUAAAGU